UGAUUCGACAACUUGUAGUGUUAACUUAUGAAAAUAAUUUUCAUACACAACUCAUAGUCAUCUGACGCGCCUUUCAUGUUAUGGUGGGUAUGGAUCAAGUUAGGACAUUUUCGUGCAUUGUGCUAUGUUUGAUCGACCCAAUCCAAUCUAGUCCAGUCCAACCCAACCCAAUACAUCCCAUCCCCAUUCUUAGAAACAACCUACUCCAUAUAAAAAAAAUAAAAAUAAAUAAAGAGCAAUCUUUAAGUGACAAAUAAAAUGGUUAACCUCCACAUAAUAUAGCAUAAAUCAUAAUAAUACACAAGUACUUUAUAUUCUAUACUGUAUUAAUAUAGUGGGAAAAACAGUGAAACAGACAUGCUAGAAAAUCCCGGAAUUAAGAGUAAUUCUCAGAACUCGAUUCCAUCUUUUUUUACAAAAAAAUAAAAUAAAACCUGAAAUCCGCUAAAACCUCUGUUCAUUCACCAUCAAUAUCUGACAAAAACCCACUAAAAUUUCAUUAUUUUUUCUGCUUCUUCCUAUGAUUCUCUCUCCUCCAUUCUUUCUCUCGAGCCUUGGAACUCUCUACAGUUCAGAAUACUAAAAAGAAGCAAUUUAACGGAUAUAUUUAUAACGUUACAUUUUAAUUCAAGCUUCCUUUUUUUUUAUUUAUACGAAAUUUAAAGUGAAGAAAUUGUUCUUUGCUUUUUUCUGAGUAACAAUGGCUUGGAGAUUUCGACUCAUUUUUGCUGCUUCUUUCCUCUUUAGCUUUCUGGAUAUAUGUAGUGGCAGCACAAUUGGAGUUUGCUACGGACGGAAUGGUGACGAUCUUCCAACUCCUGAUAAAGCAGCAGACCUCGUUAAGCAGCACAACAUCAAAUAUGUCAGGAUUUAUGACUCCAAUGUUCAGGUUCUCAAAGCAUUUGCCAAUAGUGGAGUGGAGCUUAUGAUUGGGGUCCCAAACGAUGAUUUGCUUGCGUUCUCUCAGUUUCAAUCCAAUGUUGACUCCUGGCUCAAAAACAGUAUCCUCCCAUACUAUCCAACCACAAAGAUCACAUACAUAACAGUUGGUGCUGAGGUGACUGAGGCCCCGAAGAAUGUCUCUGCGAUGGUUGUUCCUGCUAUGAGAAAUGUCUUCACAGCUUUAAAGAAAGUCGGCUUGCAUAAGAAGAUUAAGGUCUCAAGCACCCACUCCCUUGGGGUCUUGUCUCGUUCAUUCCCACCCUCAGCUGGAGCUUUUAGUAGCCAUUAUGCAUACUAUCUAAAACCCAUGUUGGAGUUUCUUGCUGAAAACCAGUCACCUUUUAUGGUUGACAUUUACCCCUAUUAUGCAUACCGAGAUUCCCCCACCAAUGUUUCAUUAGACUAUGCUCUUUUCCAAUCAUCAUCUGAGGUCAUUGAUCCAAACACUGGCAUGCUUUACACAAAUAUGUUUGAUGCACAAAUCGAUGCUCUGUACUUUGCACUGAUGGCUCUAAAUUUCAGAACCAUCAAAGUUAUGGUGACUGAAACGGGGUGGCCUUCUAAAGGAUCUCCAAAGGAGACAGCUGCUACUCCUGAUAAUGCUCAGACAUUUAACACCAAUCUCAUUCGCCAUGUCAUCAAUGACACAGGAACGCCAGCUAAGCCAGGAGAGGAACUCGAUGUCUAUAUCUUCUCGCUAUUCAACGAAAACAGGAAGCCAGGAAUGGAGUCUGAGAGGAAUUGGGGUUUAUUUUACCCAGGUGGGACGAGUGUCUAUAAUCUGGAUUUUACUGGAAAAGGUGUCACUGAGAUGGCUGGAGGGGGAAAUUCUACUAACAGUACCAAGCCAACUUGGUGUAUUGCUUCAUCAAAUGCUACUGAGGCAGAUUUGAAAAAUGCCUUGAAUUGGGCUUGUGGACCUGGAGAUGUAGAUUGUACACCAAUACAGCCUAGCCAGCCUUGUUAUGAGCCUAAUACUCUAGUUUCUCAUGCAUCCUUUGCAUUCAACAGUUAUUACCAGCAAAAUGGAGCCACUGAUGUUGCUUGUAGUUUUGGCGGGGCAGGUCUUACAGUUACCAAGGAUCCAAGCUACGACAAGUGCCUGUAUAUGACUGCAGGGAACAAGAAAACUUCUGCUUCAAAUAAUAUGAGUGCUACACCUGCAAAAGCCAUAUCAAUUCAGAGGCAAACUGCAUUUGUUCCAUGGAUUUCUGCUGGACUGCUUUCACUUCUGCUACCACUUGUGUGAAAUAACGGCUUUAAAGUUUCAGUGGCAUUUGAUGGACGAGGAUGAGGAACUGAGGCUCAAAAUGGAUCGGAGGAUGCGUUCUUUCCUAAGGUUGGGAGUGUAGAUGUGAUGUCAAACAUACAGCCCUGCCUAAGUUUUGUAAUAUGACCAUGUAAAUGGGAUGGUCUAAAACAGUAAACCGGCAUACAUAUUGCCACUGUGAAUGUGGUUUAAGGCUAGGAUUUCUAACUGCACAUAUUGUAGUAUGGAGUAGUGCGCAUGAUUUAGUCUGCUUGGAAGGUAGAAAGGUUUUCUCAUAUUCUUGUCUAGAGUACAUUUUAUUUUUUUUUUAAAUCUUGGCAGGCCUUGGAUUUUAAACUAGUGUUUGCACUCUUCAAA